UGAUACCACAACUAGAAAGGUUAUAGCAUGGCCCAAUAUGAUCCCGCAGUCAAAGAACUAGACGCAUUACUGAAAUCUCCAGAUAUCAAAGAUGUGAAACCGGAAGUACGAGAAAAACUUGAGAGGAUAUUGGAUAUGUGCAAUAAACGACACCACUAUGCUGAUGAAAUUACAACCCCACAGAGCGACAUUUUGGCCUACAUACAUGAACAGACUAUAGCACAUCCUUGGGAACAGGCCUACACGUCGGGUAAAACAAAAUGGAACCUGGAACCUGGAAUGAUAAGCGGUCUUGUUACAUGUCAAUUUUUGAAGUUUGUUAUUAGUAUGAUGCAUGCUAAAGAGGUUUUAGAAAUCGGUAUGUUUACUGGAUACACUGCCCUGGCAAUGGCGGAGGCUCUACCCGCGGAUGGAGAAGUCGUUACAUGUGAAAUAUCGGAAUAUCUUAAAGAUAUGACUGCAGAUUUUUUCAGUCGUUCUCCACAUGGUAAAAAAAUCAAGACAUAUUUUGCACCAGCUGACGACACAUUGAAUAAUUUAAUAAAAGAAGGCAGGUCGUUUGAUGUUAUCUUUAUUGACGCUAAUAAACCCGGUUAUAAAGAAUAUGUAGAUGUAAUAUUAGAGAAUGGUUUACUGGCGCCACGUGGUAUUAUAUUAGCAGAUAAUGCCUACCUGAGUGGUACAUCAUAUAACAAUCCUAGAACAAUAGAAGAUAAUGUUAUGGAUGAUUUUAAUCAAAAUAUUAAAAAUAAUCCUCAAUUACAACAGGUACUACUACCAAUAAGAGACGGUAUUUUAGCUGUUAGAAGGAAGUCAGAUGUUGAAGGCCAAGCUGCAGAAUAGUUUGCGAAUAUCAUAUAUCUGAUAUGGAGUCGGUCCACUGAUGAUUUCUGAAGUUCAUGGAUUUGUAUAUAAACUCUUCCACCACUCUUUUCUCA